AUGAAUAUUUUGUCUGAAAAUAACACUAGAUUAUCUUAUGCUUAUAUGGAACCAAUAAUUUUAAUUCAAAAUCUGAAAAAUCAUGACAUUUUAAUAGAUAAUAGAAUGAACAAACCAGAUGAAGAUUUACUUUUAAAGGAAAACGAAAUUUCUAUAGCUAUUAAUAUUGCUUCAAAACAGACUG